AUGCACUUGCUGUCUGCUCCUCUUCUGAUCACGAAGCUGUGGCACCCUCCGCCAACCUUCAAGAUUCCUUCCCACUCGUACAACAGGAGGCCUGCCGACAUUCCUCUGCACACGUUUUCCUCCUCGGCUCGCCAAAGAGGCAGCGACGCAGCCCAUCUGCUGAACGACGACGACAAGGAGAGCACCCGCUCUUCCUUCGACACCCCCGAGUCCGACUCGGACCUCUCGCUUUGGAGCGACACUGGUGAUCUCGUCGACCAGCUCGCUGACCAGGAGGACCCCCUCCGCAUCCGCCUGCGCGACUCGCUCGAAGGAGGAACCUCGUCCCGCCCACGCCGCCAGCAGAAGCGCGUCCGCUACGAGUCCGAAACACGAUUCAACGAGAAGGAGCGAGGACUCAGGCUAGAGGACAUUGAGAUUCCCGACCCGGGACCACGAUCCAUAUCCAAAGCUGAGCGCAUACUCGCUUCCAUCAUGGCACCCGGCGAUGGACCCUCCCGUAUCCACGGGCUGCACGGGAAGAAGCUGAUCUACUUCACGAGCGUAUUCGUAUCAUUAGGCGUCUUCCUCUUCGGGUACGACCAAGGAGUCAUGUCCGGUAUUAUCACGGGUAUUUACUUCAAGGACUACUUCAAUCAGCCAACGGCUGCUGAAUUGGGAACCAUGGUUGCCAUUCUGGAAGUUGGUGCCUUUAUAUCUUCCCUGCUUGUAGGCCGCAUUGGAGAUAUGCUCGGCCGUCGCAGGACGAUCAUGUGGGGGUCUAUUAUCUUCGUUGUGGGCGGUGCCUUGCAAACAACCGCUACUGGCAUGCCGAUGAUGCUGUUGGGAAGAAUCAUAGCUGGUCUGGGGGUUGGUACAUUGUCCACCAUUGUGCCGGUCUAUCAGUCCGAAAUCUCACCGCCGCACAACCGGGGAAGGCUCGCAUGCAUAGAGUUCACUGGAAACAUCACCGGCUACGCCGCCAGUGUGUGGGUCGAUUACUUUUGCAGCUUUAUCAAGAACGAUUGGUCUUGGAGAGUACCUCUGUUCAUGCAAUGCAUCAUGGGAGGACUCCUUGCCGCUGGCAGUCUGCUCAUUUGCGAAUCCCCUAGAUGGCUGCUUGACAACGAUCAUGAUGAGGAAGGUAUUGUGGUCAUCGCCAAUCUUUAUGGAAAGGGCGAUAUCCACAAUCAAAAAGCUCGAGAUGAAUACAGAGAAAUCAAGAUGAACGUGCUCCUGCAACGUCAAGAAGGUGAACGUUCAUACGGCGAUAUGUUCAAGCGCUACUACAAGCGCGUAUUCAUCGCCAUGUCCGCUCAAGCCCUUGCGCAACUCAACGGUAUCAAUGUCAUCUCGUACUAUGCACCUCUUGUAUUCGAAGAGGCGGGAUGGUACGGCCGCCAAGCGAUCCUGAUGACCGGAAUCAAUGCCAUCACGUACCUACUUUCAACAAUCGUGCCUUGGUACGUAAUAGACACCUUGGGCCGGAGAAAGAUUCUGCUUUCUGGUGCAAUCGCUAUGGCCAUCCCUCUCCGCCAUAUCAUUCUUCCGCUUUCCAUCCGCGCCAAAGGAGCUAGUCUGAGUACGGCAACAAAUUGGGCAUUCAAUUGGCUCGUUGGAGAAAUGACCCCAAUUCUGCAGGAGCAUAUUCAGUGGCGGUUGUAUCUGAUUCAUGCAUUUUUCUGUGCUGUCAGUUUCGUUAUUGUUUGGUUCAUUUACCCGGAAACGGCCAACGUUCGUCUUGAAGAUAUGAAUUCCAUCUUUGGAGAUGCCACUUCAGUCCAGCCUACACCCCAACAACUUGCCGAGGCUGAAUCGCUGUUCAGCGGGAGUGCCCGAUCUCCCGUGCCAUCGCUCGAUAUUCGACGUGGUGCAGCAGAGAGCGCCAUUCCAGGCCUGGACAUUGACCCGCCAGACAACGUCGACAGUCUGGACAGCAAGCCAGCAAAAGAAGGCGAGAAGGGCGAGGGCAUCGGUGGUUGGAUCUCGAAUAUCGUCAAAAGGAACAAGGGCAACGGGGAAGGCGACUCAGGAGGGCAGUACAGGCAGGUUGGACAAGACGAGGAGAAUUAG